AUGGGAAUCCGACGAGGUCAAAUGGCGAAGAGUAGAGCGGCCAGCGGCUGUUGUCGCGGCCAGCUGCGCUCGAGGAAAAAGGCAAAUCAAGAUAGAUGGGGUAGAUCAAAUGUCUAUGAUAUGUACAAGUUGUUCGGCGACCGAAUAGCUCGUCCAACUAGAACGUCACGGCUGGCACGUGACUGUUAA